CUCAACCAACAACCACGGCUCAACCAACAACCACGGCUCAACCAACUACUACAAUUAAGGUACCUGGAAAUGUGUCGAAUCUCCAUGUGGAAAGUAUCACAACAUCCUCUGUGAAAGUGAUCUGGACCAAAACGGAUGAAUCAACCUACCGAGUAUACUGGACAAAUGGAAAAAAUACCAGCAGUGACACAGUAACACAAAAUUUCAAAAUCAUCACAGGACUAGAUCCUGGGGUUCAGUACAUUAUAAAUGUUACUGCUGUUGCAUAUAAUAAUAUCACUGAAGGACAUCCUGACAUGGUGACUGUCUACACAAAGCCUGAAGCAGUCAACAGUCUUACUGUCACUGAGGUAACAACAACCUCGUUGUCUCUGAAUUGGACUGAACCUGAUGGGGAAAGACAGUUUUAUACAGUAAAGUGGGAAAAUGAAAACAAACAUUUGAAUACAAGUGAGACUCAGGUGAAAGUGACUGAGCUGACUCCUGGAAAGAACUACUGUUUUAAUGUCACAGCUGUGGCUAGAGACAACAAAACAGAGAGUGAUGAGAGAAAAAUUUGUCAAUAUACAAAGCCUGAAGCAGUCAACAGUCUUACUGUCACUGAGGUAACAACGUCAUCUCUAUUUGUGAACUGGACAAAACCAAAGGGAAGCAGCUCUUUCUAUAGAGUUCAGUGGAAAGGUGGGGAAAUAAAUGACCAAAGAAAUGUAUCUGAGACAUCUCUGACCAUUUCUAAUCUGACUGCUGGUGAGCAGUAUACAAUAACUGUAACUGCUGUAGCUGCUGAUAAACUCACUGAAGGAAAGAGUGAGAUUGCUUUGAAAUACACAAGACCAAAUUCGGUGACGGGUCUGACAAAGACGGAAAUCACCACUAGUUCAGUAACCCUGAAGUGGAAUCAGACAAACAGCAAACCACCAUACCUUUAUGAAGUGCAGCUUGAAAGUGAAUCACAGCCAAAAGUGGUAAACACUACAACGUUUACAUUUGAUAGUCUUAAGUCUGGGAGCAAAUACACUUUUACCGUCACUACAAUGACAGAAGAUUACACUCGAGCAGAGUCUGUGACGGUUUUCUACUAUACAAGGCCUUAUAAUAUCACAGUUUUAAAUGCUUUUACCUUAAGCACAACUGCUAUUUACCUAAACUGGACAAGACCAUACGAGUACAAGGAUGACUUCAAAUAUUGGGUGGAGACAACGGGCUGUCACAACCAAAAUACCAGCUCAAAAGGAGAAAGUGUGACCUUCUCAGGUCUCACCUCUGGAACCAACUGCAGCUUCUGUGUUACUGUCAUGGCAGAGGAUGGCACUGAAGGGAAAGAGACCUGCACCACUCAGUACACACAACCCCAGGUGGCUUUGCUCAAUAUCGCCAAUGAGGGAUCCAAUAAUUCAGUCCUGGUAUCAUGGACCAACCUUCCUGGAAAUGUGGAGAAAUAUGACCUUCAUCUAAACUGCUCCUCCAGUCCAAAUCAAACAGCAACUCCAAUAGAAAAGCGCAGUUUUAACAACACUUACAGGUUUUAUAACCUGCAUGCUGCAGAGCUCUGCAGUGCUGUGAUGAUUUCUAACAGUGGAACAUUCAAAGUACCAUCUGAAAUUGUUACAACUGCAACUUACCCAAAUCCUCCUGGGAAUAUUGACAUCCAGAAGCAGACAACCAGUUCUAUUGAACUGCAAUGGGGAAAAGCACCUGAUAUGGAAUAUGCAUUCAACUACAGCUACAAGCUGACCUACAAUCGUUCUCUGAACGAUAUAAAAAUCCCUUCUAUCAAGACAAAUUACAAUUUUUCCCAACUUCUGUCUGGGACCUCCUACAACAUUUCUGUGACAACUGUGGGACCAAUGAAUUUUGAGAGUAAAUCUGUUUACAUAUACGUGACCACAAGACCUCACAAUGUGAAGUCUGUCACACUUGAUCCUGGCGAGGAACAUAUCAAUUUAAAUUGGAUCCUACCUGAUGAGUAUAAGGAAACCUAUCGUUUUUUUGUCGCCUGGCAAAGCCAUGAUGGGGCUUAUCCUACGAACACCACAAGUAAUAAAACUUCAUAUAACAUCACUGGACUGACGCCUGGUACUAACUACAACAUCUUCAUCAUCACCAAGACCUCUGAUGGAACAGAAUCUGCCACAGAGAAGAUGUCCGGCUGCACAAAACCCCAGGUGGCUUUGCUCAAUAUCUCCAAUGAGGGAUCCAAUAAUUCAGUCCUGGUAUCAUGGACCAACCCUCGUGGAAAUGUGGAGAAAUAUGACCUUCAUCUAAACUGCUCCUCCAGUCCAAAUCAAACAGCAACUCCAAUAGAAAAGCGCAGUUUUAACAACACUUACAGGUUUUAUAACCUGCAUGCUGCAGAGCUCUGCAGUGCUGUGAUGAUUUCUAACAGUGGAACAUUCAAAGUACCAUCUGAAAUUGUUACAACUGCAACUUACCCAAAUCCUCCUGGGAAUAUUGACAUCCAGAAGCAGACAACCAGUUCUAUUGAACUGCAAUGGGGAAAAGCACCUGAUAUGGAAUAUGCAUUCAACUACAGCUACAAGCUGACCUUCAAUCGUUCUCUGGACGAUAUAAAAAUCCCUUCUGACAAGACAAAUUACAGUUUGUCCCAACUUCCUUCUGGGACCUCCUACAACAUUUCUGUGACAACUGUGGGACCAAUGUAUUUUGAGAGUAAAUCUGUUUACAUAUACGUGACCACAAGACCUCACAAUGUGAAGUCUGUCACACUUGAUCCUGGCGAGGAACAUAUCAAUUUAAAUUGGACCCAACCUGAUGAGUAUAAGGAAACCUAUCGUUUUUUUGUCGCCUGGCAAAGCCGUGAUUGGGCUUAUCCUACGAACACCACAAGUAAUAAAACUUUAUAUAACAUCACUGGACUGACGCCUGGUACUAACUACAACAUCUUCAUCAUCACCAAGACCUCUGAUGGAACAGAAUCUGCCACAGAGAAGAUGUCCGGCUGCACAAAUGCAAGUCCUGUGAAUAACUUAAGAUGUGAUGGACCAAACUCUGGAGAUGCAAAACUUAUUCUGAAUUGGAACGAGCCCAAAGGAAAAUACUAUAAUUUCAAGUUUACUGUAACCAACACUUCCACCCUUUCUUAUACGAAUAGUUUUGAACACAUUAUUUCUAAUCUUACUUACCAUUCUACUUAUAGUAUUACAGUAGAGACUCAGAGUUGUGGAAAUUCUAGCCCUCCUCAGUGGAUAACAUGUCAGACAGGUGUCACAAAGCCCCCCAUUCCAUCAGACUUUGCGAAGCAGGUGUCUAAAACUCACACUACAUUCACCCUUCAAGUUAAAACUGACCUGAUAAGCAACUCUAAAGGACCAGUGACUCAUGUUGGGAUUCUGGUAACAAGCGAUGACAGUGCCAAAAUUCCUGAUAUUGAAAAUUUCCUGGCGAAAACAUACAGUGAAUGGAAAUCAAAGUCUGCAAUAGCAUAUCUUGCAACAGUAAUGAACUAUACCCAAACGUUCCUUAGAAGUUCUACUCCCUUAGACUUUGAGAUAGGAAAAGGAUCAACAUGGGAAGGCUAUGCUAAUGAUCCUCUGGAUCCAUCUGGAAGUUAUAGAUAUGCUGUUGUGGUUUGUACCUAUUUGGUUGUGGAUUCAAGAAGAAUUGACACCAGCAAAUCAGUUUGUUCUAUAUCAGAUUUGUCUACUGUGAUUAUUCUCGACAAAGAUCCAGCUAUCACCUAUAUUGCUGUUGGAGUAACGUUGGGAAUUUUUGGAUUUCUCUUUGUCAUCCUUAUUGGUUUCAUCAUCUAUUGGAGAAGGUUAUCCCGUAAGGAGUCUCCUGACAUCCAGAUUCAGUCGAUGGGGGGGAAAGUAAGUGUGGCUGUGAGAGUGGAGGACUUUGAAGCUUACUACAGGAAGCAGAAAGCUGACUCCAGCUGUGGCUUUGCUGAAGAAUUUGAGGACCUGAAGCCUGUUGGUACAGCUCAGGCAAAACUGCAUGCACUGGCUCUUGAAAACAAGCCUAAAAAUCGCUACAACAACGUGCUUCCUUAUGACUCCUCGAGAGUGAAACUCUCUGUUGUCCAUGGAAGUCCAAACGAAGAUUACAUCAAUGCUAACUACAUGCCGGGUUACCUUUCCAGGAAGGAGUACAUCGCAGCUCAGGGACCUUUGCCUGCAACAGUCAACGAGUUCUGGAGGAUGGUCUGGGAGAAGAACGUCCAAACUCUGGUCAUGCUAACACGCUGUAAUGAACAAGGAAGGGUUAAAUGUGAGCAGUACUGGAGUUCUGGCACCAAACACUGUGAAGACAUCAUUGUGACAACAACCUCUGAAAUCCAACUUGAAGACUGGACCAUCAGGGAUUUUGACAUAAAAAAUGUGAAAACAACAGAGGUCCGCUCAGUCCGCCACUUCCAUUUCACAGCCUGGCCUGAUCACGGCGUUCCAGAAACCACAGAGCUUCUGAUCAGUUUCAGACAUCUGGUCAGAGAGCACAUGAACCAGUAUUCCAGAAACUCCCCCACAGUGGUUCACUGCAGUGCUGGAGUCGGGCGCACAGGCACCUUCAUAGCCAUCGAUCGCUUGAUCUUCCAGAUCGAGAGGGAAAACACUGUAGAUGUGUACGGCAUUGUACAUGAUCUGCGAAUGCACCGGCCCCUUAUGGUGCAGACUGAAGACCAGUAUGUCUUCCUAAACCAGUGUGCCUUGGACAUCAUCCGGGCGAGAACUGGGAACAAUGUGGAUCUAAUCUACCAGAACACAGCUGCCAUCUCAAUUUAUGAAAACGUAGAACCCAAAAGGGGAUAUUAGUCUGCUUUUUCAUUUCUUUACAGCUCUCCCUCUCUUUUUGGGUGAGAAAUAACUGAGCAAACAAGUUUAAAGGGAAUACGUUUGUAAGAAACAUCAACCGUUAAGGGUUUAAUCCUCUUUUUUUAUUUUUAUUUGUUAAAAAAUAGAGGAAACAGCAGUUUUUUAUGCUCCUGCCUUCAAUUUUCAUACAUGCAUAUUCUUUGCACUGCACAAUUAUUAUAAAAUUGCUUUCAACUGUAAAUGACUCACAGAUUUUAUUUUGCUCAGGUAGUUUUAUUGUAUACUGUGUUGGUAUUUUUAAAUCAACUUUUAAAUUUUAACUGCACAAUACAAAGGCUGGUGGUAUGUGCCUUAAAAAGAGCAUUCAUGCGUUUGCACCAGUAGAGGGCACACUUGUCUUAUUUGUUCUAGUUAUUAAACAGGGAUAAUGUGAUAUUUUAAAGGAACUUUAAGUUAUUCUCUCCUUGCCUGACUAACUGAAAGCCAAUAUGAACUGUGCAAUGUAUUUUUAUGAAGGAGUUUAUUUGUUUUUGUCUCUUUUUGUAUUUAUAUGCGCUGCAAUGUGACGAAUGCACUCGAUGCUUUUAUUCAUUUGUCCCACCCUGUCCACUGUAAACAUUAAAGGUGUUUCUUUUCAAAUAGUUUAUAUUACAUUCUGGCCAGUGGUUCUUGAAAUGAAAUAUCUAUCUUAUUUCUCAUUUCAUCUCAGGAACUUCUUUUAUGAAGAGCAUGUUACUGGCUGUAUUUGUGUUAAAAUAUAUAUAAUGCACCAGUUUGUAUUAUUAAUUAAGACAUUAGUUCAAUUGUCUUUUUUUGCUCUUUCCUAUGCUGUACAUGCUUUAGAAAAACAUGUUAUUUCAUUUCCUGUGACAUCUCUUAUCCAGCUAUGGUCACUUCCUCUGUAUAAAAAGUCACUGGAGAAGCAUAUUUUUGUCAAUCUUCCAAACAGCAGGAUUUUCCAUUAGCUUGGUACGUUUCUUUUUUUAUAUAUAGUUUGAUUUAAAGCACUUAUGUUUUAAUGAGAAAUAGGAACAUGAAAUAGUAAAUUUUUUAGGAUGUUUUAAAAUGCUUUAUGAGAUGCUUGCUGGUUCAAUGCAACUAUGUAAAAUGAGCUGAAGAUGUGUACUUCUUAAAUAUGUCAAAUUAAAUGGGAUUAAAGAUGUUGCAACAUUGUGGCAACAAUCUAAUCUUUAUUAAAAGCUAUUUGCUUCAAUGCCAAUAAAGCUAAACUGUCUUGCUAAAA